UUUCUACUGAAAAGACAAAAGGCCUCAAACCGAAAAUCGCACUCGUCUUUGAAAGUUGGACACCAAAAGCUCUCAAAUUUCACAACACAAGACCACAUUCGAAACUCUUCCAUGGAUGAUUCACUGAAACAAGAACCUAAAGCUGAGCCUCCCCCACAGCCACCGCCACAAGCGAGUAGCAAUAGAGGGUGGGGAGGCUGGGGAAUCUCAGCUUUCUCUGUACUCACAGAUCCCCAAAAUUCCGCCACUGCCGCCGCUGAAGAGAUCUCCCGCAGUAUGGAUACACGUAGGAGUGCUCAUUUCCUCGAGCCCCAGGAUCAGGGGUGUGAACGAGGGGGUGUUAGGACCCGUGGUGGUAGACAGAGUAGGGGCCGAGGUCGAGGAGUUGGGCGGGGACGCGGUGAACGAAAUGCACCCGCUCCUGUUAUAGUUCCUGAUUUACCUACGUGGAGUAGGGUGCAGCAGCGGGGACAGCGUACUGCAGUAAGAAAUUCAGAUGAAGUUGAAAAUCCUGCAGUAAAUGUGACAGGAGGAAAUAGAGGUGUUCCCGAGGCAACUACUACGCAGGUGCAAACUUUGUCAAUUACUCAGAUGAUGGUGGCGUCGAUGUUUGAGGCCCAAGUGCAAGUGAUGAAAGGGAUGUUAGAGAUGAUGAAGAAUGUCACUCAGAUGGUUCAGGCACGAGCUGAACAUGGCGUUCAUGGUGUGGUGGAGGGUCAGAUCUCGGGAGAAGCUGAUAGGAUUCAGCGACACUUGAGUGAGGUAGAUAGAUUGCGCAAGCUGGAGCCUCCUAAAUUUCAUGGUGAUACAGAUGUUGCAAAGGCUCAUACUUGGAUCCGGGAGAUGACCAUGCGUUUGGAUACAUUGGGUAUUCCGGAUGAAAGGCGGGGGACGGUAGCCUCGUAUUUUCUGAAAGACAAGGCCUAUGAUUGGUGGUAUGCUCUUGGGCAGCGGAAGGAGCAGCUUACGUGGGCAUCCCUUGAGAGAUUAUUCAUGCAGCAUUUUGUGCCAAACUCCUAUCGCACAGAGAAGGCAAAGGAGUUCUUGACUUUAGUGCAGAUACCGGAUAUGUCAGUGGCAGAGUACAGCUACAAGUUUGAAGAACUGUAUGAAUUUGGGAAGAUGUAUGCCCCAGAUGAGGGGAGUAAGGCUGAGAGAUUCAGACAGGGGUUGAUGCCAAAUGUAGGUGCACCGUUGGUUAGUAUGAGGGUUACUACAUAUGAUGAGAUGAGGGAGGAAGCCUUGUUAGAAAUAUUGGGAUACUUAUGGCGGCCGAUCAUUGAGUGGUGGUACGAGAGGGGCAUUUAGAGGACAGAGGCAGGAGUGGUCUAGUAGGAAGAGGCAGAGGACAGACAGUCAUACUUCACAGAAUCGGUCAGGACAGAGCAGUGGAGGGCAGAGGUUCCGGGGAAGUAAAGGAUCACAGCAUGGACCGAGAGUUUGUCAUCGAUGUGGACGUACUGGUCAUAUUAAGAGCCAGUGCACUACUCCCGAGAUGGAAUGUUAUGCAUGUGGUAAUCUAGGCCACAAGUGGGCAGAUUGUCCUCAAAGGAGGAGGGAUACACAGCAGAGAUCUGAGGUUUCAUCGGCAACAUCAACACCUACUACUCCUCGUGCAUUGUCAGGUUCCUUAGGCACCUCUGUUGAAGAGGACAAACACAGGCCAGGAUACAGCAGCAACAGUCACAGAUUCAGCCUGCAUUGACUCGGGGGAGAGUAUUUGCUUUAGGGCACCAGAUAGAGCCUGAGCAUCCGAACUUUGUUGGAGAUACUUUUAUUGUCUCAAACUGUUUGAUGAGAGUAUUGUUUGAUUCUAGUGCUACAACAUCUUUUAUUUCUGCAUCAUUGGCAACGUCACUAGAGUUAAAUGUGUUAUAUAGCUCCUUCAAUGACUUCCUGCUGGUGCCAUGCCAUGUUCUUAUAACUUAUCAAGCACAUUCGAAAUAAAUUUUCGGGAUUCGACUUUCAAGA